GGGCUGGUCCCGGGGCGGUGCCUUGUGGGCCGGUCCCACGGCUCCGCCCCUCUCCGCGGGCCGUGUCGGCCUUUGGCCAGACGAGCUAAUCACCACGGCCCAAUGAAGGCGAGGCCCGACCCUUCCCGCCCAGGACCUAGAGACACUAUCGAAAGGGAUUCCGAGGCAGCAUUAUUGCUGUCGUCGCCACCGCUGCAACAAGAACUCCCCGCUUCUACGAAGCCUCCAGCUCACCCCAGUUUUCCCCAGCGUCCAGCCCUCCCGGACGGCACCUAACUACUACCGGCGCCCGCGUCUGCACUUGGCUUGGCGAUAUACUUUGUGUCAGAGGUCUCGGGACCCGGGGCCAUACAUUGUGUCAGAGGUUGUGGGCACCCAGGAUCCAGGGAACAUGGAAACCGGCGUCCCAGCCUUGGAGCAGAUUAGCAGCGCCAAAGGGGAUUCCCAGCUCUAUCGCCCAGAAGCUGUUGAGAGCUCGGAGUCUGUGCAGGUUACAGGUUUCGAGAACCCUGAGGAAAGUCGACGUCAAAAUGAACCAGGCUACUGCAGUCCGGAGGACUCUGGGCAGCUGAUGGCGUCCUAUGAGGGAAAAGCUAGGGGGUACCAGGUGCCUCCUUUUGGCUGGCGCAUCUGCCUGGCACACGAGUUUGCAGAGAAGAGGAAACCCUUUCAAGCUAACAACAUCUCCCUAAGCAACCUGGUAAAGCAUUUGGGCAUGGGCUUGAGGUACUUAAAGUGGUGGUACCGGAAGACCCAGGUAGAGAAGAAGACACCUUUUAUCGACAUGUUCAAUUGUGUACCCCUGAGGCAGAUCUAUGGUUGUCCCUUGGGUGGCAUCGGGGGAGGCACUAUCACCCGUGGCUGGAGAGGCCAGUUCUGUCGUUGGCAGCUUAACCCUGGAAUGUACCAGCACCAGACAGUCAUUGCUGACCAACCUAUCUGCCCUCUUGAUCAAGUUCACAGUGUGCUUGCGUCGGGAGGGGCAGACUGUAUACCAGCAAGUUCUGUCCCUGGAGCGUCCAAGUGUCCUGCGCAGCUGGAACUGGGGAUUGUGUGGGUACUUUGCUUUCUACCACGCCCUCUAUCCCCGAGCCUGGACUGUCUAUCAGCUUCCUGGCCAGAAUGUCACCCUCACCUGCCGUCAGAUCACACCCAUCUUGCCCCAUGACUACCAGGACAGCAGCCUACCUGUAGGAGUCUUUGUAUGGGAUGUGGAAAAUGAAGGGGAUGAAGCUAUGGAUGUGUCCAUCAUGUUCUCCAUGCGGAAUGGACUAGGGGGUGAAGACGAUGCCCCAGGGGGUUUGUGGAAUGAGCCCUUCUGUCUGGAGCAAGAUGGGAAGACUGUACAGGGACUACUGCUGCAUCACCCAACCCUUCCAAAUCCUUACACCAUGGCUGUGGCUGCACGACUCACGGCAGAUACCACAGUAACCCAUAUCACAGCCUUCGACCCUGACAGUACUGGGCAGCAGGUGUGGCAGGACCUACUUCAGGAUGGACAACUGGACUCCCCUGCUGGCCAAAGCACCCCCUCACAGAAAGGAGAAGGCGUUGCUGGGGCAGUAUGUGUUUCGGGCAAGCUGCCACCUCGAGGCCAGUGCCGCCUGGAGUUUUCACUGGCUUGGGACAUGCCCAGGAUCAUGUUUGGAGCUAAAGGCCAAGUCCACUACAGGCGGUAUACAAGAUUCUUUGGCCUAGAUGGUGAUGCAGCACCUGCUCUUAGCCACUAUGCACUAUGCCGAUAUGCAGACUGGGAAGACAGGAUCUCAGCUUGGCAGAGCCCGGUAUUAGAUGACAGAUCCUUGCCUGCCUGGUACAAAUCUGCACUGUUCAAUGAACUAUACUUCCUUGCUGAUGGAGGCACAGUAUGGCUGGAAGUUCCUGAGGACUCCCUACCAGAAGAGCUGGGAGGAAGCAUGUGUUGGCUCCGCCCCGUUCUGCGGGACUAUGGUCGAUUUGGCUAUCUAGAGGGCCAGGAGUAUCGCAUGUACAACACAUAUGAUGUACAUUUUUAUGCCUCCUUUGCCCUCGUUAUGCUCUGGCCCAAACUCGAGCUAAGCCUACAGUAUGACAUGGCUCUGGCAACUCUCAGGGAGGACCUGACACGGCGACGAUAUCUGAUGAGUGGAGUAAUAGCACCUGUGAAAAGGAAGAAUGUCAUCCCCCAUGAUAUUGGGGACCCAGAUGAUGAGCCAUGGCUCCGAGUCAAUGCAUAUUUGAUCCAUGAUACUGCUGACUGGAAGGACCUGAACCUGAAGUUUGUGCUGCAGGUUUAUCGAGACUAUUACCUGACGGGUGACCAAGGCUUCUUAAAGGACAUGUGGCCUGUGUGUUUGGCUGUGAUGGAGUCUGAAAUGAAGUUUGACAAGGACCAUGAUGGACUCAUUGAAAAUGGAGGCUAUGCAGACCAGACUUACGAUGGAUGGGUCACCACAGGCCCCAGUGCUUACUGUGGAGGGCUAUGGCUGGCAGCUGUGGCUGUGAUGGUCCAGAUGGCUCUUCUAUGUGGGGCACAAGAGGUCCAGGAUAAGUUUUCCUCCAUCCUCAGCCGGGGCCAAGAAGCCUAUGAGAGACUGCUAUGGAAUGGCCGCUAUUACAACUAUGAUAGCAGCUCUCAGCCUCAGUCUCGUAGUAUCAUGUCUGAUCAAUGUGCUGGACAGUGGUUCCUGAGGGCCUGUGGCCUAGGAGAAGGCGACACUGAGGUAUUUCCUACCCCCCAUGUGGUUCGUGCUCUCCAAACCAUCUUUGAGCUCAACGUCCAGGCUUUUGCAGGAGGGGCCAUGGGGGCUGUGAAUGGGAUGCAGCCCCAUGGUGUCCCCGAUAGAUCCAGUGUGCAGUCUGAUGAAGUCUGGGUGGGUGUAGUCUAUGGGCUGGCAGCCACCAUGAUCCAAGAGGGCCUGACUUGGGAGGGCUUCCAGACAGCUGAAGGCUGCUACCGUACUGUGUGGGAACGCCUGGGCCUGGCUUUCCAGACCCCGGAAGCAUAUUGCCAGCAGCGGGUAUUCCGUUCACUGGCCUACAUGCGGCCACUAAGCAUCUGGGCCAUGCAGCUGGCCCUACAACAGCAGCAGCAUAAAAAGGCUUCCAGGCCAGUAGUUGAACAGGGCACAGGACCAAGAACAGGGCCUAAAUGUGGACCAAAGGAAGCCUUGGCAAAUCUAAACCCAGAGUGAGCCCUCUGAACUGUGGGAGCCAGCCUCCAGCCUGGUUGAUGCUCCUUACCCCAAACCUCCUGCAUCCCUGAGCCACCAGGACAAUCAUGCCUUCCCCUUUUCCCCACCCUGCUGUGCCAGUAAAGAGGGGCUGAGGGUGAACCAUGCAUCAGAAUCACUUAUUUAUUUCCUUACCCUUUCCCUCACUGCAUGAAAUAUUUGAGGUGGUCAGUUGAUUUCCCCAGAUCCAUUCAUGGGAUAAUAGACACACAUGGGUACAAAUAAAAGACCCACAAAGCCA